AUGCCCGGUACUAAAGAUCAAAGUAAGGGGGCUACUUCCCAGCCACCAAAUGAAGCCAAAACGGACCCCAAACAGCAGAAAGCCUUGAAGGAACUGGAGGAUCAAAUUAAGGAUUCAGGGGAAGCAAACAAAACCGACCGCCAAGCCAUGUUCAGUAUCUUCUUGUUCGACAGUGUGACCAAGACUAGCCAGAUGGAAAAGUUCGUCACCAUCGGCAGCAUCAAAAAUGUAGAGGACACAACCUUAGCGGAUAUUCGGAAGAGCUUGAUCAGCGAGAACGCCCUCUCCUGGAGGCAAAAGUCCAGCAAGUUCUGCAACGAUGAGGGAGCUGAAGUGGACGAUAAACUCAGAUUCGAUAUGUACCUAGACUUUCUGAAGAGCAGCGAGGAGAAGCCCAAAGAUGACGAUGGAUCGAAUGAAGACGGUGGCGGUAAGAAAGCGAAGGGAAACAAUGGUCGCCCCAUUACUCGGGAAUCGACCACCGGCAAAUCAUACAAAGUCUACUUGAAGCUGCGUAAAAUCCCAACGGAGUUGGACGAGGGCACCAAAGAUUUCCUCAAGGAGAAGUUAGAUCUAUCGCUCAAUAAACCAGGGUUGACAUCGGCCGAAGUCAACAAGCUUACGAGCUCUUACAAUCACAGCAAUUUCCAAGCUCUCGCUAGCAAAAAGAUCACCCAUCCGGCGGACAUGGGUGAGAGAGAAUGGUACAUUGUCCUUCAGAACAAUUCUAUCCUCCAUGGCAACUACGUGAGGGAGCUUGCCACUGGCCAGAGAAAGGUCGAACGGGCGAUGUACCCUGCUUUUGCAUUGAAGCCGCGAAAGUUCCAUGAUUUCGAAGUUGUCUUCAAUAGUGGUGGCAAGGACGGUGCUGCCCCUUCAGCUAGUGACACCGAACCUGUGGUGCAUCACCUGAGAAUUCCAAGGUUUCUUGUACAAGACGACUCUUACAUCAACGUUUCUGAAAACAAGACUUCGGUGGCAGAGGCAAUUGCCGACAGUUCGCUCUCUGAACAUUCAGCUGAGGUCUCUGUAGGAGGAGGAGCAUUUGGGGUCACUGCUGGUGUAAAGGUCGGAUACAAAUCGCAAGCGGAGGUAAAAACAGCGUCAAACACAACUUCAGACUCUAGGCGCAUGACAAUCACAUAUAAUUUCCCCAGAGUUGUCCUCGAGCUUGAUGGAGAUAGCCUUGAUAUCUCAGACGAGUGCAAAAAAGACCUCGAGAACAUCACCACGCCAGAGGCAGUGCAAUUUUUCAGAAGAAAAUAUGGAACUUUCUUUGCCUCCCGAGUUGAACUAGGUGGACGCCUCCAUUCCUCGGAGAGCAGCGAUUCCUCUGCAGAGGGUAAAGUAGAAGAAAGAGCUCGCGCACUGAAGAUUUCUGCUGCCGCCUCCUUCUCGUCUACAUACGCUCAAGGCUCUGCCAGCGGUAGCUAUGAAGAUUCAAGCAACCAUAGCUCAAAUCGCCAGAACAGCAGCUUGAGCAAUAAUCUGGCAUGGGAGGCCAAGGGAGGUGACACUUUAUUGUGCAACAACCCUCCUGCUUGGUGCGGUACGGUGGCAUCUCACUACAAUUGGAGGAUCUCGAAGCAAGAUGACCUCCUUUCCAUGGAAGACAUGAUAUCGCUCAUUCCAGGCUAUGAAUGGGUCAAACAGAAGUUCAAUAACUUGGCACCCCUCAAGGAAAGCCAAGUAGUAAAAAAGCCUGACCCUGUCCCGGAUGAGUGGGACGGCUGGGUCACAUUUUGGUUGAAGCACCCUAAUGAGUGGCUAUAUCCAACAGUCUGCGAAAAUACCUCAUCCAAUCCUUUCGCUGGUGAUCAAUACAAUUCUGUGCUUGAUAGAAUUACUCGGAGGAAAUCACUUAAUAUUAAUACUAGUACCGUGGGGAUAACACCAGCCAUGGGUGAUGUACUCGAAAACGACGCCGCGAAUUUUGCCUCAUCGCAUUCCGUUCAAAUGAAAGAAUCCCUCGAUGAUGAUUCGCAGGUUUACCAAGCUGGUACCAAGUUUUAUGUGAUCCGUGAUGGAGACACAGUCCGGUACAGGUUCAAACCCGGCUUCGGAUACGUUAUCUGGAACAAGAAGACAAACAUGUACCUGGGAGUGAAGCCUCCUGUUCCUGGGGUGACCCAAAAGUCCGAACUGUGCACAACGGACUGGAAACAUAGCUGCACCUUCAAGUUUACACAUGCCUUCCCAACCGACAAGAUCUACAUUUCAAAUCGCGAUCUUGUCCGCGUGGAAAUAUCUGAUUAUCGGGGGGAGCCCAUAGGCCCUAUGAAGGAUAUGCCACCUGUUGGUUCGUAUGGAACAACUGGUGAUAUAUUCCAGUUCCGGUACUCGGGUGAACCUUGA